GGCAGUGUAGGGUUUGUUUACUUUGUGUUGUGAGCUGGACGAAAAUGAUCGGCGAUAUUCUACUGUUUGGAACCUUACUUAUGAAUGCAGGGGCAGUACUAAACUUCAAACUGAAGAAAAGAGAAUCUCAAGGAUUCGGAGAUGAACCUCAUGGAACAACAGGAGACAACAUCAGAGAAUUUCUUCUGAGUCUACGCUACUUCCGGAUAUUCAUUGCCCUAUGGAACAUCUUCAUGAUGUUUUGCAUGAUUUUGCUAUUUGGAGCAUAGGAAUUAACAACAUGGAGUGUGAGUGUGUUUUAAUGUACUCCAAAUGAAGAUUCUUUAAAGAAACAUUUUGUAAUGGAUUAUUUCUGAAUUACGGCAUGUACCUCUGGGUGUCAUGGGACUAUUUUUUUCUGUCAAUAAGAACACAUUUGGAUUCACAGUAUACAGCUUAGCCCACCUUUUUUUAACUUCCUGACAUCAACAUGAACACGCCUGUGCAGAUGUAGCAAUAAAAAUGCUACACUUAAUGGACCAAAUGCCAAGUACUCUAUCAUCAGUAUGGUCUGUUUUGACCAAAGCUCUAAAAUUUAAUGGAAGGAAAUUGAAGCACCCUUAAUGAUAGUGAUAUGCAAUUUCCAAAUACCAAAAUUAUGAUAUGAUAUACAUUUUCCUGGGCUGCUCUUUCAAAACUUAAUACUUUUGUGUCUUUCAUGUCAGAGCAAACCUUCCAGUACUGAAAAUGUGUUCACCAUUAGUUUCUUUCCAACUACAGGUUCUCUGUUAUAUUUUUGUUCUUAAGUCUUAUGAUUGUCCCCAAUUUUUGUUUUUAAAAAAAAAAAAAAAAUCACUGCAUCCGUUCUUGCUGUAAAAUCUCAUCUUGUAAUUAACUCUAUCUCUUUGUAAAGAAGGGAAGAAGUGCGAUAUUAAACUGAAUAUGUUUUAGUAGAAUAAAGCUGUUUUUCUCUUUUUCAAGUGAUCCUUGAAUUGUCAAAAAGCUGCAUUAAUCACAGUUAAAACAAAAUUUUCACACUUAGUACAGAAGAUAGCUGAGGUAUGGACACCCAAUUAUUAU